GGAACUGAGCACAGAAAGAGGGGGAGGUGAGAAAAAGGGGGCCCUGCCUUGCCCAGCCCUCCUCCCGCCCUGGUAGCCGCUUCGGGCUGGCGGCUGGGUGUCGCUCUUGGGGCACGCCUUCCGCCGAGGAGAACAAAACAAGCCCCGCUUCCGAGGCUUGAGCCAGGCCAGCUCGAGUGGGAGACGAGCGCGACAGGCGGGAAAGACAGACGCCAGAACAACCCCCGCCACCAACUCCACAUUCGCAGCGUUCGCCAGGAUGCCAAACUGGGGUGGAGGAAAGAAGUGUGGUGUGUGCCAGAAAACAGUGUACUUUGCUGAGGAAGUGCAAUGCGAAGGGAACAGUUUCCACAAGUCCUGUUUCUUGUGCAUGGUUUGUAAGAAGAACCUGGACAGCACCACAGUGGCUGUGCAUGGAGAGGAGAUCUACUGCAAGUCAUGUUAUGGGAAGAAGUAUGGCCCAAAAGGCUAUGGAUACGGACAGGGAGCCGGGACUUUGAGUAUGGACAAGGGGGAAGCACUGGGGAUCAAACAUGAAGGGGCUCAGCCCCAUCAGCCCACCAACAAUCCCAAUGCAUCAAAAAUGGCACAGAAGGUGGGAGGUGCUGAUGGUUGUCCUCGCUGCGGACAAGCUGUCUAUGCUGCCGAGAAGGUGGUUGGAGCAGGAAAGUCAUGGCACAAAUCCUGUUUCCGAUGUGCAAAGUGUGGCAAAAGCCUAGAGUCCACAACUUUGGCUGACAAGGAUGGUGAAAUCUACUGCAAAGGCUGCUAUGCCAAGAACUUUGGACCCAAAGGGUUUGGCUUUGGGCAGGGAGCUGGAGCACUGGUCCAUUCCCAGUGAAGAGCUGGCCAUGGAUAUUCUUUUUCCAGCACUGAAUGCUUCACCCAUGCUG